UCGUCCUUCCACCGGUUCUUCCCACCUGCCGACUUUCUAGCCCACUUCUCCCUUUCCCUUUCGGGAAAUGGAGUUUUCCGGCUUUUCUGAUUCCCAGUAUCAUCCGGUGGGUGAUCGCUCAUAAGACUCCAUUUCCCAGCAUGCCUGUGUACACUCUGUCCUCGCCCCUUAGAGACGGCCAUUUUAUUCCUCCCGGAGACGCACUAAGAUGACAGCCCGAGAGAAGGUGAAGGUUGUCUCUGGUGAUCGGCGGCCCGGCUAGCUCCAACAGGGAGGUUUCCAGCAUGGAUCUGCACACAGCGGUAUACAAUGCGGCGCACGACGGCAAGCUGCUGCUGCUGCAGAAGCUGCUGGCCGGCCGCGGGCGUGAGGAGCUGGAGGAGCUGCUGGGCGAGGUGGCCGGCGGUGGCACGCCACUGCUAAUCGCAGCGCGCCGUGGACACCUGGACGUGGUGGAGUACCUGGUGGACCACUGCGGCGCCAGCGUGGAAGCGAGCGGCUCCGUACACUUCGAUGGAGAGACCAUCGAGGGCGCGCCGCCGCUCUGGGCAGCGUCGGCUGCGGGUCACCUAUCCGUGGUGCGUAGCCUUCUGCGCCGAGGCGCCUCAGUCAACCGCACUACGCGCACUAACUCCACGCCUCUGCGCGCCGCCUGCUUCGACGGCCACCUGGAUGUAGUGCGCUACCUGGUGGGCGAGCACAAGGCGGACCUGGAGGUAGCCAAUCGCCACGGCCACACGUGCCUUAUGAUCUCCUGCUACAAGGGCCACCGCGAGAUCGCGCGCUACCUUUUGGAGCGCGGCGCACAGGUGAACCGGCGCAGUGCCAAGGGCAACACCGCCCUGCACGACUGUGCAGAAUCUGGCAGCCUGGAGAUCCUACAGCUGCUGCUGGGCUGCCAUGCGCGCAUGGAGCGCGACGGCUAUGGCAUGACUCCACUGCUAGCUGCCAGUGUCACUGGGCACACCAACAUCGUGGAGUACCUCAUCCAGGAACAGCCCAGCCACGAGCAGGUCUCAGGGACAGAGCUUCCCAGAGAAGGCUCCUCCCAGGUGGCAGGAAACCCCUGUUCGACCCCAGAGGAGGCAGAACCUUAUGAAAGCUGCUGCCCUACCAGCCGGGAAGCAGCUGUGGAAGCUUUGGAGCUGCUGGGUGCCACCUAUGUGGAUAAGAAAAGGGAUCUGCUUGGAGCCCUGAAGCACUGGAGGAGAGCGAUGGAACUCCGCCACCAGGAUGGGGACUACCUCCCUAAGCCAGAGCCCCAGCAACUGGUUCUGGCCUAUGACUAUUCCAGGGAGGUGACCACGCCCCAAGAGUUGGAAGCCCUCAUCACAGACCCUGAUGAGAUGCGGAUGCAGGCGCUGCUGAUACGGGAAAGGAUCUUGGGCCCCUCGCAUCCUGACACUUCAUAUUACAUAAGGUACCGGGGAGCUGUCUAUGCAGACUCUGGAAAUUUCCAGCGCUGUAUCCGUCUGUGGAAGUAUGCCUUGGAUAUGCAACAGAACAACCUGGAGCCCCUGAGCCCCAUGACCGCUAGCAGCUUCCUGUCGUUUGCAGAGCUCUUCUCCUACGUCCUGCAGGACCGCUCUGCUAAGGGCAGCCUGGGCAUGCAGCUUGGCUUCACCGACCUCAUGGGUGUACUCAGCAAAGGGGUUCGGGAAGUGGAGCGGGCUCUGCAGCUGCCCAAGGAACCUGGUGACUCCGCACAGUUCACCAAAGCCAUUGCCAUUAUCCUCCACCUCCUGUAUCUACUGGAGAAGGUAGAGUGCACCCCCAGCCAGGAACACCUCAAGCACCAGACAGUCUACCGCCUGCUCAAGUGUGCCCCUCGUGGCAAGAACGGCUUCACCCCACUGCACAUGGCAGUGGACAAGGAGACCACCAACGUGGGCCGCUAUCGUGUGGGCGUCUUCCCGUCACUGCAGGUGGUCAAGGUGCUGUUGGACUGUGGAGCAGACCCUGACAGCAGGGAUUUUGACAACAACACCCCACUGCACAUUGCCGCCCAGAACAAUUGCCCGGCCAUCAUGGAUGCUCUCAUUGAAGCUGGGGCCCACAUGGAUGCCACCAAUGCCUUCAAGAAGACCGCCUAUGAGCUGCUGGACUCAAAGCUGUUGGCCAAGAGCACCGUGCAGCCCUUCAAUUAUGUGACACUGCAGUGCCUAGCUGCCCGUGCCCUGGACAGGAACAAGGUCCCUUAUAAGGGCUUCAUCCCAGAGGAGCUGGAGGCCUUCAUCCAGUUGCACUGAGCCUGGCCUAGCCACUAGUGCCCACUUGGGCCUUACUUCUCCUAGCAGAAGCAUCCAGUCCCCUUGGCCUGCUGGAGCGAGUCCAGCUGUUGAUUCUAGAAGUCUUCAGGGUCACAUGGUAGGAAGAUGGUCUUUCUUUGUGGAAAUGCAAAAAAAAAAAAAAAAAAAAAAAAGAUGCCCAAGCCUCUCCGGUGGCAUGCAUCUGUCUGUGUCUAGGAGGCCUCUGCACUGUCACCCAGUCCCCAGCCCCCUUGUCCUAGAGUCUGCAGUGAGCAAACACUGGCUCCUUCCUGCAGUGGGCACCGGCCACCUAGAUGUUUGCAGUUGGUUUGUCCCUUACUAAGCAGAUGGGCAACAGCCUAGAGCCCACAGUGUGCGGGUUUUUCUCUGUCUUUUUUUCACCGGUUUCUGUUUGUUGGACUUAGUAAUGACUUAGUUGGGAGUUGCCAGUAUUUUGCAGUGGCCACAGCUGAGAUCAGCAUGAACUGUGUGUGAAUGCAGAUCUGUGACCAAGGUCCUGGGAAGCCUCCUCAUUUCUGUAAAUGGUUAGAGAGAGGACUAACCCCCAAGAAGGCCCAGAGCCAGUUAGUUGUAUGAGUCACAGCCAGGCAGACACCAGUGCCUCUUGUCCUGCCCUCUGGACGGACAGAUUUUCCAACCUUGGGCUGCAGCUGGAACUGCCUGGCAGAUGCUAUGGCCACCAGGUUCACAUCUGUGCCAUACUUGUCCUGUCACCUUCAUUGCUGAGGACCUGACCCCCCCUCCUUGUAUUGAGGAGUCCCCAGUAUCCCAAUAACUUCUGGGAAUGGGCUUGUGACCAAGAUACGGGAAGGUUAGGAGCUGCCAGCUAGGGCAGCGAUGGACCCAUGUGGUACCAGCUUGGCCCACAUGGGGGCCCUGAGUGCAGCUCCAGCACCACAAAAAGUUACUGAACAGCUGCCUCUGACUCCACCAGCUCUGGACCCCAUCAUUUGUGGUGAGUGGUUCACCCUGGAUCAGGUCAAGGCAGGAGCUACUCAUCCCAGGCCUGUGGAAGCCAACUACAAGGGUAGCAAGUCACAUGUAGAGGGGCCAGUCCCUCCCUCAGCCAUGUAAGCCACAUAAGCUGUCUGGCCCUUGAGGACAUUAGUGUGUGAUUGCAGUGCUAGGUAGGUUCUCUGUAUAAACAAGCUUUAGGCCUUACUGGGCAGGACCUCACUGCUCCACCCUGCCAAAGUUCAGGUCAAACAUGAACCCCUGUAAGUCUUGGCACUGAUAUUUAUGAAUUAAAAUGCAGGUAUGUGAAGA